AUGAAAGGAAGAACGGCGGUGGAUGUCGGAGCUGAUGGUGUGGCCAUCAUCACCAUCAACAAUCCACCUCUCAAUUUGCUCUCUGUUGACGUGCUCCUCAGCUUAAAAGAGAGUAUUGAAGGAACCAUAAUAAGAGAUGAUGUGAGAGCAAUUGUUAUUACUGGUUCGAAAGGAAAGUUUUCAGGUGGAUUUGAUGUGACCGCUUUUGGUGGAAGUCAAGGGAAAAGGACGCGAAAGGAGCUUGGAUUUUUGUCAAUUGAAUUUCUCACCGACAUCUUCGAAGCUGCAAGAAAGCCUUUGGUAGCUGCCAUUGAUGGCCCUGCUUUUGGUGGGGGGCUAGAAAUUGCUCUUGCCUGCCAUGCCCGUAUAUCUACUUCCUCUGCACAACUAGGCCUUCCUGAACUUCAAUAUGGGAUUCUUCCUGGUCUUGGAGGGACACAAAGGCUUCCACGGCUUGUGGGCCUUCCCAAGGCUCUUGAAAUGAUUUUGAUGUCAAAGCGAGUGAGUGGUGAAGAAGCUCGGAUUUUGUCUCUUGUGGACGUUAUAGCUCCAUCAGAUAAGCUGCUUUUAAAAGCUCGUCAAUGGGCAUUGGAUAUAUUGCAGUGUAGAAGGCCAUGGGUCAUUAGUCUUUAUAAAACUGACAAAUUAGCUCCCUUAGGACAGGCUAGGGAAAUACUUAAGUUAGCCCGACUCCAAGUCCAGAAACAGAACCCGAAUCUGAUGCACCCAUUAGUAUGCAUUGAUGUCAUUGAACAUGGAAUAGCUUCAGGCCCUCGUAAUGGACUAUGGAAGGAAGCUGAAGCUUUACAAGAACUUCGACAAUCCAGUACAUGCAGGAGUUUGAUCCAUAUGUUUUUUGCUCAAACUCAAAUUUUAAAGAUUCCUGGGAUUACUGAUAUAAAUUUGCUGCCGAGGAAAAUAAACAAGGUUGCAAUUCUUGGCGGGGGAUUAAUGGCGUCUGAAAUAGCAACAAUGUUGGUUCUCAGUAAUUACCAAGUAAUACUGAAAGAGAAGGACAAAAAGUGUCUUCUAGAUGGCAUCAGCAGAGUUAAAGAAAAUUUGCAAAAUCAUGUCAAGAAGGAAAAGGCAACUCAAGAGAAACUUGAGAAAUCUUUCAAUCUAAUCUUGGGUGUUCUCAACUAUGACAACUUUAAGGACGUUGAUUUAGUUAUAGAGGCAGAAUCUGAAAGUCUGUCCUUGACAGAAAUGAUAUUUUCUGAACUAGAGAUAUGCUGCCCCCCAAAUUGCAUCUUUGCCAGUAAUUCUUCAACAUUAAGUUUGAAAUUGCUUGGAGAAAGGAUAAAAUGCGAAAACAGAAUGGCUAAGAUCCAUUUUUUCUGCCCUUCUCCCAUCCUGCCUCUUAUGGAAAUAGUUUGCACACACUCAUCCCCUCAAGUUAUUAUUGACUUAAUAGCUUUUGGGAGGAAAAUGAGGAAAACUCCAAUUGUAGUUAGGGACUGCAAUGGCUACGCAGUCACUCGCAUGAUUAUUACCUAUUUGCAUGCAGCAAUACUACUCGCUGAACGAAGUGUAGAUGUUUACCAAAUCGAUCGGGCUAUUACAAGCUUCGGGAUGUCACUCUGCCCAUUUAGAAUGAUUGAUCUGGUUGGAUUUCAAGUUGUUAUCAUGCUAAGUAAAAUAUUUGUCGAGAACUUUCCUGAUAGAUCCUACAAACCCAAUCUAAUUCAAAUUAUGCAACAAGAUAAUCGUGAAGGCGAGUCAAAUAGCAAAGGGUUCUAUAUAUAUGACGAGAAUAACAAGCCUAGCAUGGAUCCCGAGAUGAUGAAGUACACAGAAAAGGCUCGAACUAUAUCAGAUGUGACCAUUAAUUCCAAGUUGACUACAUUGUCCGACCGUGAGAUAGCCGAGAUGAUCCUCUUUCCUGCUUUGAAUGAAGCCUUCCGCAUCAUUUCAGAGGGAAUAGCAUUUAGGACAUCGGAUCUUGAUGUUGCUUCUGUUAAGGGAAUGGGGUUUCCAGCUUACAGAGGAGGAAUCAUUUCCUGGUCCAAUUCUUUAGGCUCCACAUACAUUUAUUCAAGAUUGGAUAAAUGGUCAAAGGAUUAUGGAGAAUUUUUCAAGCCCUGUGCCUAUUUAUUGGAGCGAGCUUCUGAUGGGACCUCACUGGGGAAUCAGGUGGAACGGACUAAAUCUCAAUUAUAA